CCAGGCAGCCGCGGGAGCCGCCGCGCUCAUUCUCCUCCCUCUCUCUCCCUCUCCCCGCCAGCCCGGGGUGUCCGCGGCGGCGGGAGGCGGAGGCGGCGGCAGGGGAGAGGCUGAGGCGAGGCUGAGGCGGUCGCCGGGCUGCCGGGGCCGCCCGGGAGAUCUCCGCGCCCCCAGCCGCACGCACCCCGCUGCCACAGCGGCAGCAGCGGCUCCCCGGCGGAGUUGCUGCCCUCCGGCAGUUCCCGCUCGGGUUUCCAGUGAGGAGGGAGGUGCAGGGGAGAGAGGCGGCUUGCUUCGCAGGGGAUGCUGAGAAAGCCGUUCCCUCCUGUAGCACAUUGCCUAGGCGUUCCUAUUAUGGAAGUUAAGUGAGAAACUCCGCAGCUUGAACCGAUUUGGGGGAGAGAGAGAGGAAAAGGGGUAGGGGGAGGGAGAGAGGCAAGCAAAAUAGCCGAACCGAGCCAAUGGUUUUCCUGCAAAGUGCCGGGAAGUUUGCGGAACACUUUCUAGGAAUCAGGUCCUCUCUCAGAGCCUCUCCUUGUCCUCGGAAGAAAGAGCUGGCGUUUGGAUUGCCAUGGAUCCUAAAGAGGGGCUUAGACACACGUGAAUAAUUCCCCUGCUCGGGCUCGAUUGGUGGGAAUUUAGGAAGGAGCGUGUGUGCAAAGCAGAAGCCUUCGGAGCUCGCUCCCUGCUCUAAUCUGUAUGGAUCUAAAAGUGGCACACUCAAGACUUUUCCAUCUGCAGCUUUUCGCUUCCAGGCUUCCCUUUCCGCUCUAAGUAGCUGCUAGGACACUGAAAACUUUUGGACCCUGCGUCUUACUGGUUUUGGAUACUUUUUUCUGUUUUUGUUUUUGGAUCUCUGUGGAAUUGGUCUCGCAAACGAUCGGGAUUGCUUUUAAUAUGUCAAAAUGGGUCUGCUGACGCCACUCCUGCUCGUUGGAUUUGCAUUUUUUCAAGUCUAUGGAUCUCGUCUCCGCCAGGAGGAUUUUCCGCCUCGGAUUGUUGAGCAUCCUUCAGAUGUGAUAGUCUCUAAAGGAGAGCCAACGACCCUGAACUGUAAAGCUGAAGGACGGCCAACUCCUACUAUUGAGUGGUACAAAGAUGGAGAGCGAGUGGAAACUGACAAAGAUGAUCCUCGCUCCCACCGUAUGCUGCUGCCUAGCGGAUCUUUAUUUUUCUUACGUAUUGUGCAUGGACGCAGGAGUAAACCUGAUGAAGGAAGUUAUGUUUGUGUAGCAAGGAACUAUCUUGGAGAAGCUGUGAGUCGCAACGCAUCUCUGGAAGUGGCAUUGCUACGGGAUGACUUCCGCCAAAACCCUACAGAUGUUGUGGUGGCAGCUGGAGAGCCUGCCAUACUGGAGUGCCAGCCACCUCGUGGACACCCUGAGCCUACCAUCUACUGGAAGAAGGAUAAAGUCCGCAUUGAUGACAGGGAAGAGCGGAUCAGUAUACGUGGUGGGAAGCUAAUGAUCUCCAAUACACGAAAAAGUGAUGCUGGCAUGUACACUUGUGUUGGAACCAACAUGGUGGGGGAGCGAGACAGUGAUCCAGCAGAGCUGACUGUCUUUGAGCGGCCCACGUUUCUCAGGCGGCCAAUUAACCAAGUGGUGCUGGAGGAGGAGGCUGUGGAUUUCCGGUGCCAGGUGCAGGGGGACCCGCAGCCGACCGUCCGCUGGAAGAAAGAUGACGCAGACCCACCAAGAGGAAGGUAUGACAUCAAAGAUGACUACACUUUGCGCAUUAAGAAGGCUAUGAGCACAGAUGAAGGAACCUACACAUGCAUUGCGGAGAAUCGAGUCGGAAAAGUGGAAGCCUCUGCUACCCUUACUGUGCGAGCUCGCCCCGUUGCUCCUCCACAGUUUGUGGUGAGACCACGAGAUCAGAUUGUAGCCCAGGGUCGAACAGUGACUUUUCCUUGUGAAACGAAAGGAAAUCCCCAACCAGCUGUUUUUUGGCAAAAAGAAGGAAGCCAGAAUCUGCUCUUCCCAAACCAGCCUCUCCAACCCAACAGCAGGUAUUCAGUAUCACCAACUGGAGACCUCACUAUUACCAACAUUCAACGGUCUGAUGCGGGCUACUACAUUUGUCAAGCACUGACAGUUGCUGGAAGCAUUUUAGCAAAGGCUCAGCUGGAGGUCACUGAUGUCUUGACAGAUAGACCUCCACCCAUCAUCCUCCAGGGGCCUGUCAAUCAGACACUGGCAGUGGAUGGGACAGCUCUGCUGAAGUGCAAGGCUACUGGCGACCCGCAUCCCGUUAUCAGCUGGUUAAAAGAAGGCUUCACCUUUCUGGGCAGAGACCCUCGGACAUCCAUACAGGAUCAGGGGACACUUCAGAUUAAAACUCUGAGGCUGUCUGAUACUGGAACUUACACUUGCGUUGCUACAAGUUCAAGUGGGGAGACAUCAUGGAGUGCUGUGCUGGAGGUGACAGAGUCGGGUGGAGCAGCAGUCAGUAAAAAUUAUGACAUAAAUGACCUCCCUGGGCCACCAUCCAAACCUCAGGUCACUGAUGUUACUAAGAACAGUGUCACCCUGUCCUGGCAACCAGGGACCCCUGGAAGCCUACCAGCUAGUGCAUAUAUCAUUGAGGCUUUUAGUCAGUCUGUGAGCAAUAGCUGGCAAACAGUGGCUAACCAUGUGAAGACCACUCUCUACACUGUGAGAGGACUGCGCCCCAAUACAAUCUACCUGUUCAUGGUGAGAGCUAUCAAUUCACAAGGUCUGAGUGAUCCCAGCCCAAUGUCAGAUCCUGUCCGAACACAAGAUAUCAGCCCACCAGCACAAGGUGUGGAUCACAGGCAAGUUCAGAAAGAACUGGGAGACGUCAUUGUACGACUACAUAACCCUGUUGUGCUGACACCCACGACAGUUCAAGUCACCUGGACAGUUGACCGCCAAUCACAGUUUAUUCAGGGCUACCGAGUAAUGUAUCGCCAAACGUCUGGCCUACCGUCUCCAGCUGUGUGGCAGAAUUUAGAGGUCAAAGUCCCAACAGAGCGCAGUGCUGUUCUAGUCAACCUGAAAAAGGGGGUUACAUAUGAAAUUAAAGUUCGCCCUUAUUUCAAUGAAUUCCAAGGAAUGGACAGUGAAUCAAAGUCUGCUCGUACCACGGAGGAAGCUCCAAGUGCCCCUCCUCAGUCUGUUACUGUCCUGACAGUUGGAAACCACAACAGUACAAGCAUCAGCAUCUCCUGGGAUCCUCCCCCUCCAGAUCACCAAAAUGGAGUCAUCCAGGAGUACAAGAUCUGGUGCCUAGGUAAUGAGACUCGAUUUCAUAUCAACAAAACAGUAGAUGCAGCCAUUCGGUCUGUAGUAAUAGGUGGCCUAUAUCCAGGUAUUCAGUACCGUGUGGAAGUUGCUGCAAGCACCAGUGCAGGUGUGGGAGUAAAAAGUGAGCCACAACCCAUAAUAAUUGGAGGUCGUAACGAAGUUGUCAUCACUGAAAAUAACAACAGCAUAACAGAGCAAAUCACUGAUGUUGUCAAACAGCCUGCCUUUAUAGCUGGCAUUGGUGGUGCAUGUUGGGUAAUUCUGAUGGGUUUCAGCAUCUGGUUGUACUGGCGCAGAAAGAAGAGGAAGGGGCUCAGUAAUUAUGCUGUUCAGUCCUUCACCUUCACCCCUGCAGUCACUUUCCAAAGAGGAGAUGGAGGACUAAUGAGCAAUGGAAGUCGACCAGGUCUGUUGAAUGCAAGUGACCCCAGUUAUCCUUGGCUUGCAGACUCUUGGCCUGCCACAAGUCUGCCAGUAAACAACAGCACUAGUGGACCCAAUGAUCUUGGCAAUUUCAGUCGAGGAGAUGUGAUGCCACCAGUGCCGGGGCAAGGAGAUAAAACUGCUACUAUGCUUUCUGAUGGAGCCAUUUACAGUAGCAUUGACUUCACCACGAAAACUAGUUACAACAGUUCCAGCCAAAUAACGCAAGCUACACCAUAUGCCACCACCCAGAUACUGCAUUCCAACAGCAUCCACGAGUUGGCAGUCGACUUACCUGAUCCUCAGUGGAAGAGCUCAAUUCAGCAAAAAAAUGACCUGAUGGGUUUUGGUUACUCUCUCCCAGACCAAGGCAAAGGCAACAAUGCCUUGCUUUACAUCCCUGACUACCGCGUGGCUGAGGGAUUGGCUAAUAGAUUACCACACAACCAGUCACAGGAUUUCAGCACCACCAGCUCCCACAACAGCUCCGAGAGGAGUGGCAGCCUCUCAGGUGGCAAAGGAGGGAAAAAGAAGAAAAACAAAAAUACUGCCAAACCCCAGAAAAAUAAUGGUUCAAAUUGGGCCAGUGUUCCCCUACCACCCCCUCCUGUGCAGCCGCUUCCAGGCACAGAGCUGGAACACUACGGGGUGGAUCAGCAAGAAGCAGGAUAUGACAGUGAUGGUUGGUGUCCGCCUUUGCCCGUUCAGACCUACCUCCAUCAGGGCAUGGAGGAUGAGCUUGAAGAAGAUGAUGAUCGUGUUCCCACACCUCCUGUGCGAGGAGUAGCUUCAUCACCUGCCAUCUCCUUUGGGCAACAGUCGACUGCAACCCUCACGCCUUCUCCACGAGAGGAGAUGCAGCCAAUGCUUCAAGCCCACCUUGAUGAAUUAACCAGGGCCUACCAGUUUGAUAUAGCAAAGCAGACAUGGCAUAUCCAAAGCAAUACACAACCUCCUCAGGCUCCAGUUCCGCCUCUAGGAUAUGUAUCUGGAAACCUUAUCUCAGACUUGGAAACAGAUGUUCCAGAUGAUGAUGAGGAUGAUAUUGAAGAAGAAACUGUAGAAAUCAGCAGGCCACUGAGAGGUCUAGAGCAUACUCCAGGCUCCAGUAUGGACAACCUAGACAGCUCUGUGACAGGUUCAAUGGUAAAUGGAUGGGGUUCUGCGUCUGAUGAGGACCGUAACUUUUCUAGUCAUAGAUCUAGUGUAGGUAGCUCCUCAGAUGACUCGAUCUUUACCAGCGGCAGUUUUGCACAAGCACUGGUUGCAGCAGCAGAUAAAGCUGGUUUUAGGCUGGAUGGAACCAGCCUGACAAGAACAGGCAAAGCAUACCCUUCCUCUCAGAGACCUCGGCCAAGCAGUCCUUUUUCUACUGACAGCAACACCAGUGGAGCUGUCAAUCAGAGUCAGAGGCCGAGGCCCACUAAAAAACACAAGGGAGGCCGGUUGGACCAACCCCCCUUGCCUCAUCGUAGGGAGGGAAUAACAGACGAUCUUCCACCACCACCCGACCCACCUCCUGGUCAGGGUUUAAGGCAGCAAAUAGUCCCUGGCCAGCGUGGAGGCUCAGCAGAGAGGAAAGGAAGCUCUCUUGAGAGGCAGCAUGCAUCCAGCGUAGAUGACACAAAGAGCUCCUUGGACCGGCAAGCUAGGACGUCACUAGAGUGGCAGCGGCAAACCCAGGAGUGGAUAAGCUCUGCAGAUCGCCAAGAGGAUUUCAGGAAAGCCCAACACAAGCAAGCAUUCGGAUCAGAGGAGGCACUGGUACCAUAUAGUAAACCCAACUUCCCAUCCCCUGGUGGACACAGCUCUUCAGGAACAGCUUCUUCUAAAGGAUCAACCGGACCUAGAAAAGGUGAAGUCUUGCGAGGAGGUCACCAACACAAUGCCAGUGACCUUCUCGAUAUAGGCUAUGUGGGAUCAAACAGUCAAGGACAGUUUACUGGUGAAUUAUAGUAGUUGAGAAGACACAUUGCAAGCUGCUCUGAUGGACCAUCAGGUCUGAACUCAUGGAAGUGAUGACACUAAACAGUGCAAUGAACAUUUUCUUUAUUUAUGUACUAUUAAAAGAACUGUAAAUGCAAUGUAAAGACACACAGCCACACAUAUCCCACAGAUAAUUUACUUGUGUUCUUCUCUUUAAUACACCAUUCACCUUAAACUAUUCCUUGUCAGGAGUAUAUAAAAAGGAAAAAAAAAAAAAAAAUCACCCUCCAGGAUGAAAAGGAUUUCCUUCUGUAUAUAAUUUCUUUUGUUGCAUUGCUAUGCAAGUUCACCUUCUUUUUAGCUAUGUUCAUAUUCAUGUCUGUUUUUAUUGGUCUGUUGUACUAUAUGUGAAUUAAUAGGCUGUGGUGCCAUAUAUUAACUUUUAAUUGUGUAACUUUUAUGUUUAAAGUUUGCACUGCAAUUUUAUUUGGUGAUAAGCACAAAACUCUACUCCUCAUGACAUGAAGAAAAAAAAAGAGACUGAAUAUGUGAAGAAGGUUUAUGUACUGUAAGCUACUUUGGAUAAUGCUGGAUGUAAAGGAGGAUGUUAGGUGGUUUUCCGUUGGGGUGUAGAAAUGAGAAAGUGACAGGCAAAACUGAUGUCAGUGAAGACAUCAGAGACCGAUUUAAAUCUUUUAAAAGCAGGCAACAUAGUUGCUCUUCCUAUUUAAGAAGGGGUCAAAAGUUGGAACUGUUUGUUUAAAGAGUGAAUAUGAAAAUUAAUAGUAGCAUAAGAUGGCCUAGACCCUUUCACUAGAAUGAUACCCUUAGUAUCUGUUUUUAGCCAUCCAAUGCCACUAAGGAGAAGAAAAACAAACCUUGCUACAAACAAAAGAAAUUAAGGUGUUUCACUAAAGCUGUUUUAUAUUGCAGUUUGGAAAGAAUUAUCAUUAAUUUCUGCAACCUAAAAUACAAGUCAGAAAUUUCCCAGGAGUAACAAACUGUAUAAACUCAAGGAAUACCUAGUAAGUAGUUAAGGAUGCAAUUUAUUAUUAAGACUGCUUAUUAUUCAGGCUGCUUCCAAAAAAAUUAAAUGUCAGAGUAUCUUAUUUCAUCUUUCCAAUACAUGUACAGUACAAUAGAGGAUAGAGCUGCACCACUGAAAUUCAUGACAUUAAUUGUUUUGAUGCAGUCUAGACAAAAUUUUGUGUUCUUUUACCUAUAGUCUGUGAGAGCUGAAGCUGAAUUCAUAUUACUUGAGAUUCAAUACAUCCAAAAAGUUGGAUAUUAGCAAAGAAAAUCUUUGACCUUUUUUUUUUUUUUUUUUUUUUUUUUUAAGUGAGUGGCUACACACCCUACUAUGAUGAGGAAAUAACACGUUUAUAUACUUUUUGAAUAAACCAGACUCUGUAAGUGGACAUUAAUGACAGCAUCCUUUCUCUUCAUUAAUUUUCAUGACUUUGUCCAAAUCUUCUGUACCUCUCAAAUCUCAAUGAGAAAAUUUUCAAACUUUUCUUAGAAUAUUGUAUGUGGGUAGCCCACACAUUUGAUGCUUAAUUUAAAUAUUGCACCCUACAUCUUAUUUCUGUUAGUUAUCUGACCAUGAACACUAGUUUCCAUUUUAAUACCCUUUUCGUAUAACCAGUCUAUGUUGUUUUAUAUAUUGCCUUGGAGCUCACCAGUAUUAAGGACACUUUUAGUAAUGGCAGAAUUUUAGAAAAGUAAAAUAAAAUGCUAAAUAUGUGUUGCUUUUCAUUUCAUUAACUUGUUCCAUGAUAAGAUAAAACACUGCAGCCAUCAGCUAUAACUCAGCACUAUCAAAUAUAAAAAAAAAAAAAAAAAAAAAAAAAAUCUAGUUGACUUCCUUAAGGUAAAGAUUGUUAUUUAGCAACUUACAAACCAAAAAAAAAAAAAAAAUAGUUGAGAAAAAAGAAUUCAUUUAUCUCUAUAUGUGAUCAAUAAGUAUAUGUAAUUUUCCUGCUUGUUAAGUCAUUAUAGUUAAAACCAUUGCUUAAAAAUGUGCAAAAAUGUUCAAGCAAGCUAAAGAAGGCAUCAUAUAUAAAUAUAAAUGAUUUUCUUACUUUGUUAUUUGUUAUCUAGAGAAGAUUAUUCAGGGUACAAUUCAAAUUGAAUUCUCUGGAAAAUGUUUAACUAAGUUACCAGUAGAAUAUUUUUUCUGUUAAUUUGAAAGCUUGUGCUGAGCUUUGGUGGAACACCUUACUAUAUUCUAUUUAAAAUUCAGUAUCAUUAGAAGUUGAUAAAGUCAUCCCAAUUACUUUCAAAUAUGUGUUUUAUCUCUUCCACUGGAAAGUAAACGUGUGUCAGUAUUAAAGCUGUGCAGUACCAUGAUACUCACUAACUUGUCCAUCUGCUUCUGUACAUUUUUGUUCAUUAAUAAUUUGCUUACAAUAUUACAUGAGAUGUUGUUGUGUAUCACAAAGUGUCUCCAUUAUCUUACAGGUGAUGUCUCUUCUUUUUUUCUCUCUCUCUUUUCUAUACAGCGUACUUCCAAUGAACCACAGUACAUAUUUUUAAAAAUGCCAUUUAAUUUACUAUUUUAAAACAAGUAUUCUUUUUUUUUUUAAAAAAAAAAAAGGAAAACAUUUAUUGUGAAUAAUGUUUAAAGAAAAGGGAUGUUGUGGCAGAACUUAGAAUUGUUUUUUUUUAAUUUGUUUUUUUUUUUUUUAAAAAAAAAUACAAAACUGUUUAUUGGCUACAGUUGGUUCAUGAAAAAGUAUGACCUCUUAAUGUGUUUCAUUGGUAUUGUUAGUGCAGCAAAGUUUAAUUGGCAUAAAAAGUUGGUUAAUAGUACUGUUGAAGUGUGUAUUGUAUAUUUACUGGGGAAAAAAUAAAACAUAUUCACAUUUCAAAUCUAUGUUAAAAGACCUUGAGUAAGGACUCAAUAUGUGAAAAUCCAAACUGGGAACAAUCAGGCAAUAAUAACAUAGACUGAGCUAUAAUCAUCACUGUCCACUUACAGGUAACAAGGAUCAUUUUAUACCCUGUUUUUUGAACUAAGCUAAUAGUUGUCUUAUAAAUAGCCUGAUGGCAUCACCAGCCAUAGGGAUUUCUGAUGAAGGUCCUCUCUACAUUGAGAAUAGUUGUACCAAUGGAAUUGCACUGAUGCAGCUAUUCUAGUGAUAUAUCCUCCAUUUGCAGACAUGUAAUGUCUAUGUACAGUAAGGACUGCAAGCACAUAGCUUACUUUGUUUAAAGCCCAUAAUGUAGUACACAUGUAAAAAUCUGUGUUCAGCAGGUCUAAACCCCUUGACUUGGGGUUUUGUACUGGUGGAGCUAUUGCCAACCCAGUACAGGGUGUCCACAGAAUGUGGAUAGGUGCUAGGUCAAUUUUUCUCAAUCUUUGCAUUGAAUAUAUGCUCAAUUUUUAAUGUGGGAGGGCUGAAGAGUCAAAUAAUAAAUUGUUACAUGUACUUCAGUGGUGUAUUGCUACCAUUUCAGUGAUGCAAACAGACUUUUUUGUUGUUGUUGUUGUUGUUAUUUAAUAUUUCUCAAGUCCUUAUCCAAGUCAGUUAACCUUUUGAGUAACUUUUGGCUGUCACCUGAAAUUCCUUGGGAAAAAAAAAAUACAAAAAAAAAAAAAGAAAAAA